UUCGGCAUUCCUGAGUUUCCGUUUUACUCAGAAAGUUUUGUGAACUAAUUUACUUGGAAUUUAUUCGAAAAAAAAAAAAAACAACAUUGAGGACGUCUACUGAAAAGGACGACAGCUGAAAACAAAAAGGUCGUUUCAUGGAAUUGAUUAAGAUACUCCUGAUCUUACUGGCGACAGUUCUGAUCGUUCAAGAAUCGCUGUCACUUUCGUGUACAAAAGUAAACUGCGCUUACAAUAUUUGGUCAUGGUGGACUCCUUGUACUUACGACUGCGGUCUGUCAGGCACGCAAAGUAGAAGCAGGACAAUAAAAACAUAUCCCCGAUGUGGUGGAGUAAGGUGUAGCUACAGCCAAAUGAGGCAAACAAUAGCUUGCAACAGAAAUAAUUGUCAUAAUGGCGGCACUAAUGGUCACGGUUAUUGUCUAUGUAGAGAUGGUUUUGCUGGAAGAUGCUGCGAAGAAGUAUUUUCAGCUUGUAAACACUACAAAGUGCUAAAUGAAGCUGAUCGUUCAAAUAUUGCACCGAGAACAAGCGUCAUAAAGUGCGACAAAACGGGAGUCAUUGAGAGUGGAUGGUAUCGAUUCAAAGAUCAGGCAGGGUCUCAAAUUGCAACGUCGGCUGUGCCAACUUACAGUUGUGGAAGUAGUGCACCAGGGUGGAUGCAGGGAUCUCAUCCAAGCCAAGCUGAAGGGAUCGUGACUCGCAGAGUGUGUUAUCACUGGGGCAACGACACUUGUAUGUGGAGCAACACGAUUCGUGUUCAAAGAUGUGGAAGUUUUUACGUGUAUGAAUUAAAAAAGACUCCUGCCUGUGAUCUUCGAUACUGCGGAAAAUUAUCUCAUUAUUCAAGUUCACUUUAUUUUAUUAUUUACCUUGUAGCGCCUUCACGAAUACCAGAUACAUCAGUGCCUCUAGAAUGUAGAAACUACAAGACUCUGGACUCCAGAGACAGAGCACAGGAACCAAGAAGAAUUAUCACGAGAUAUUUAUGCGAUAGCUCCUUAUCCAAGAGAUGGUACCGUUUCAGUGGCCUAGGGGGAGUUAAAAUAGCUUCAUCGUGUGUAUAUACUCAUCGAUGUACAACUCGUGCUACGGGCUGGAUGGAUGGCACUCAUCCCAGUGAAAUGGACGGAAUUGUUACACGCAAAGUGUGCUAUCGCUGGAGUAGUAUUUGCUGUCGAUUCAGUAAUAUGAUCCGUGUAAGAAACUGUGGCAGUUUUUACGUUUAUGAGCUUGACAAGCCACCUACCUGUUACCUACGUUACUGCACUGAAGGAGGAGGUUGCAGUAGUGGUCAUUACUUGCUGAAUUAUCAUCGUGCGUACGGUUCUUGGCCUAACCCAGUCUAUCGAUGUGACAACACAUUCACGAAGAGAUGGUACCGUUUCACCGGUCUUGCAGGCCAACAAAUGCCUACAUCAUGUGUGCCUAAAUUUCGAUGUGGAACUAGUAGUCCGGGAUGGAUGGAGGGGUCUCAUCCCAGUGAAAUGGACGGAAUUGUUACACGCAAAGUAUGCUAUCACUGGAGUAGUAUUUGCUGUCGAUUCAGUAAUAUGAUUCGUGUAAGAAACUGUGGCAGUUUUUAUGUUUAUGAGCUUGACAAGCCACCUAUCUGUUACCUACGUUACUGCACUGAAGGAGGAGGUUGCAGUAGUGGUCAUUACUGGUUGAAUUAUCAUCGUGCGUACGGUUCUUGGCCUAACCCAGUCUCUCGAUGUGACAGCAAAUUCACGAAGAGAUGGUACCGUUUCACCGGUCUUGCAGGCCAACAAAUGCCUACAUCAUGUGUGCCUAAAUUUCGAUGUGGAACUAGUAGUCCGGGAUGGAUGGAGGGGUCCCAUCCAGGUAAAGAUGAAGGGAUUGUUAACCGAAGGAUAUGUUAUCACUGGAUAAACGACUGCUGUCGAUGGAGCAACAUGAUUCAAGUUCAAAACUGUGGAGAUUAUUACAUUUACCAGCUCGAUAAGACACCUACAUGCUAUCUUAGACACUGCGGUAACCGCUCAGACUGCCCUAACGGAUGGGAAACAUAUAAAGGAUUCUGCUACAGGCCCAUGUUGACCAGCUUCACAUUUACUGGACGAAACUGGGUUGAUGCUGAGGACGUGUGUCUAUCACUUGGUGGCCAUCUUGCUAGCAUCACCACUUCAUCAGAACAAAGUUUCAUCUUCGGCCUGAUAAAACCGUUUUCCUCACAGCGCUUUUGGCUUGGCUUGAACAAUCGUGAAAAUGCAUCUAAUUUUCGCUGGUCUGAUGGAACAUCACCUUCAUAUAACUGCCCUAACGGAUGGGAAACAUAUAAAGGAUUCUGCUACAGGCCCAUGGUGACUAGCUUCACAUUUACUGGACGAAACUGGGUUGAUGCUGAGGACUUGUGUCUAUCACUUGGUGGCCAUCUUGCUAGCAUCACCACUUCAUCAGAACAAAGUUUCAUCUUCGGCCUGAUAAAACCGUUUUCCUCACAGCGCUUUUGGCUUGGCUUGAACAAUCGUGAAAAUGCAUCUAAUUUUCGCUGGUCUGAUGGAACAUCACCUUCAUAUACACGGUGGAAACCGGGAGAGCCUGGAAGUAGAGCUUUGAGUUGUGUGGCAAUGAACACUAAUGAUGGUUUGUGGACCACCAAUGAUUGCAAUAAGGAAUUGAGUUUUCUGUGCAAAGCGACAUCAGGCUGCUCACACAAUCAAGUCUUAAAUGAAGCUGAUCGUUCAGACACCGUAUCUACAGGCAACGUCCCAAAAUGCGACCAGCCGCCUCAUUUUCAUGCUGGUUGGUACCGUUUUCGAGGACAAGCAGGGACAAGGAUAGCAUCAUCCAGUGUUCCUGAACAGCGAUGUGGYACAUCAUUCCCAGGAUGGAUGAAUGGAUCUCAUCCGAGUCAAUCCCAGGGAAUUAUCACCAGGAAAGUCUGUUACCAUCAGAGUAACAACACAUGCAAGUACAGCAAUAAAAUUCGAGUGAGAAAUUGUGGAAAGUAUUUUGUUUAUGAGUUGGAUAGAACGCAACGAUGCCCCUCAAGAUAUUGUGGCAACMGUUCAACAAUUCUCAACGAUACUUCCUGUGCAAAUGCCCUCGGACUUCAUAACGGUGCAAUCGUAAAUACCCGUAUCACUGCGUCCUCCAUGUGGAAUAGCACCCUCGCACCAUCAAGAGCACGGUUACACAGCUCAUCAUUUGCAUGGUCAGCAAGAGUUAAUGAUCUUGGUCAAUGGCUGCAAGUAGAUUUAGGAAAGAGGACAAAUGUAACUCGUAUUGUCACGCAAGGUAGACCCAAUAAGGACCAGUGGGUAACUAGAUAUAGCCUUCAAUAUAGUUACUAUGGCAGCCAUUACUACGACUAUGAACACAGGAAAGUUUUGGCGGGAAACAACGACAGAUCUACUGUGGUUGGCCAGAAUCUCAAUCCAAGUAUUGUUACAAGAUUUAUUAGAGUUCUUCCUAAGGCGUGGUAUGGCCAUAUUUCUAUGCGAAUCGAAUUAUAUGGAUGCUCCGAUGGUUUAGAGCUCAUUUCCUUUAAUCCCAAGUGUGAGUCUCUAAUCUCUGUCAAAGAGUCACAGUUUUCAGCGUCCAGCAAACAGGAUUCUAAUCACAGUUUUGCAAACGCAAUGUUGUAUUUUUACCCAAUUGUCGUUGGAAGAGCUGGUGCUUGGUCUGCGGGCUUAAACGACAGUAGCCCAUGGCUUCAAGUAGCACUGGGGCGGUUCUCUAAAAUCACAAGAGUAGCUACGCAAGGACGAGCAGAUAUGGACCAUUGGGUGAAAAACUACACAUUAGAAUACAGCAUUGAUGGAAAGGUGUUUUUAGCGUACAAGAMUGGAAACAUUACAAUGAUUAUCCAAGGAAACUCUGACCGAUUUACCGUAGUAGACCAUAAACUGCSUGCACCCUUCUACGCACAAUACAUUCGCUUCAUACCAUUGUCAUGGCACAAACGUGUGUCUAUGAGAGUGGCGGUUUAUGGCUGUCCAUCAGUGCAAUUUCWUUACGAUGGAGUCUUCGUAAGAGAAGCAAAUAAAACUGCACGUGUAGGAAUACAUCGAAAUGGAUCUACAGAUAUUCUCUCAACUAUCAUGAUGUGUGAGACCCACGACGGCAGUGCAAAGCAUCCCCAUGACUACCACAAGCAUAACUCGCCAAUCUACUUGUACUUUCGCCCAGGAGAGACGUCAAAGUACAUCAGUGUACAAAUACAUGAYGACAGAGUUGUUGAAAACGACGAGAAUUUCCGAUUACGCUGUGCCGUGGGUGACUCGCGUGUUGACUUCGCGCGAUAUCAGAAUGUGACAAUUGUAAAUGAUGACA